AUGGAGACAGUCCUUCUACAGGGACUGAAUGUUGCUCAGAAGGCCGCUGUUACUUCAGAGGCUUCGGUUUUGCAAGUCCUCGCACCCCCUGGGUCCGGCAAAACAACAACCCUGACAGCUCGUGUGGGCCAUCUCAUCACCCACCAUGGAUACAACCCACAAAAUGUCAUCUGCUGCACCUUCACGGUCAAAGCAAGCAGAGAGAUGCGUGAAAGACUCCGGGGUCUGAUCGGGCCCGAACUUGAGACAAAAUUGGUCAUGGGUACUUUUCAUUCCAUAUGCAGACGAUUAUUGGCCGUCUAUGGUCACCUGAUUGGAGUUCCAAAAGGCUUUGGCAUUGCGGACAGCUCGGAUAGCGCUAGCAUCGUCAAGCGUAUUAUCAAGAGGUUGCACCUUAGCCUCGAACCAAGGGCGGCAAGGUCAAAAAUCUCCUCCCAGAAGUCCAAGGGGAAAACCCCUGAAGAUCUUAGGAAAUCUCAUCAGAAACAGGUAGAGAAGCAGGAGUUUGUCACCGUCUUUCAGGAGUAUGAGAGCGAUUUGGCUGCAUCGCAACUAUUGGAUUAUGAUGAUCUUCUCCUCCGUUGUGUGGACCUUCUGCGGGCAUACCCUGCCUGCGUCUCCAAUGUCGAAGCAUUAUUGAUUGAUGAAUUUCAAGACACCAACAUCGUCCAAUUCGAAUUAAUGAAGCUUCUUGCUGCCAAGCACAAAAGAAUAACCAUCGUUGGCGAUCCUGAUCAAAGCAUCUAUGGUUUUCGUUCUGCAGAGAUUGAGAACCUUCGGCGGAUGAAAGCCACUUAUCCGCAUACAGUGGUCAUCAAUUUGGAAGAGAAUUAUCGUUCAGCAUCGGCUAUUCUCAAGCUUGCUCAGCAACUAAUAGAGCAAGACAAUGGCCGACCUCCAAAGAAAUUGAAGGCUACUCGUUGUUAUGGGACGAAACCUGUACUCCGGCGCCUUCCAAACCCGAACGAGGAAGCUCUAUGGAUUGCCAACGAGAUCAAACGAAUCAAUAUAAUGACUGGCCCUCUUUUGGUCCACUCCGACUUUGCCAUAUUACUUCGCUCCGCUUAUCUUUCAUUGCUUAUUGAAAAGGCUCUGACAAGCCAGGGCAUACCAUAUCGCAUGGUUGGGGGUCAGCGAUUUUUCGAUCGAGUAGAGAUCAGGAUUCUUAUCGAGUACCUUCGCACCAUUUCACAUCCAGACAACAACCAAUCCUUUCUAGCUAUCAUAAACAAUCCUUCACGGAAGAUCGGAGAGACUAUCAUCGCAGAAAUGGUGCGGCUAGGUGAAGAACGAAAGAUUUCCGUGUGGACGGUCGCACAAAAGGUCCUGGUAGGAGACAUUGCUUUCGACAAAAGAUUUCCGACAGCUGCCGAGCAAGCCUUAGCACGCCUAGUAGCCAUGAUCAAAAGUGCGAGACAAAAGGUGUCGACCACACUACCAGCAAAUGUCCCAAGCAUGUUGAUUGAUUUAGUUGUGAAAUCAAUUGGGUUUGAGGAUUACCUGAAAACCAAGUAUAAGGAGGAUCACGAGGAACGACUAGAAAACGUCAAAGAGCUAAUUACACAUGCUUCGGAGGUUAUCGUUGGUUCUACAGAUGACCAGUCGUUACCAGUAAUUGAUGGUGUCGAUCAAGAGCCCUUGGAUGGGGGUCAAGAGGUUCUAGCGCAAUUCUUGUCGAAUAUUGUUCUGUCAAGUGAGGUUGAGAAAGGUGACUCGGGCGACGAAAAGCCUCGUGUGACAAUAUCCACUAUUCAUUCCGCCAAGGGUCUUGAAUGGCCAGUCGUCUUCAUUCCAGCGCUGUAUGAGGGCUCAAUACCUCAUUCACGAGCAGAGGACACAGACGAGGAACGCCGCUUGCUGUAUGUCGCAAUGACUCGAGCACAAGCUCUACUGACUAUGACGUUUCCCAUGGUCCAAUCCCGGGAAGAGACUCCUUCAACACUUUCACAAUUUCUCCCACCUGAACUUCAUCGCCUUGUAGCUUCUACUGGUCCGAUUUUCGGGGACAAGGUCAUUGAGGAUGUCGCCACCAUCCUGCGAAGGCCUGUACCAAGCCAAGAAGACCUUGUCAAGAGUCUCGAAACAAUGACCGCUGAUGGUAGCCAGGUCGACAACCUAUGGCCAGUUGAUGGGAGCCGCAGGCCGUUCGCCAUGCCAUUUUCUGGAACGAAACUGGAGAGCGACUUUGCUAGGCCAUUGGGCGAGGCACUGGCUGGUGGCUCAAAAACUCAACACUCCAAAUACCCUGGUACGGGUAAGGGUGAGUUCUCGAGAUCGCUCUCAAGUAAUGGAGUAUCAACAACUAUGCGAGAUGUCAGCACUUUCUCGACAUCGAACAUGACCAUAGGAUUUACUACGGCAAGCUAUCAGAUGAAGACUGCUCCCAUCCCCGACUUGAAAAGAUCAUCUUCUGAUCCUCUCUCGCCAAAGAAGAAAUCUAAGCUCUCCAAAUCAUCAUCAGGCAAUGGUAAUAUAGCAACAUUUUUCGCGAAGCCCGCGACUCAAUCACCACUCCCAGUACCAAUUGCAUCCUUUGGGGCGCCGUCUCCCACCAAAGUAAGACCAGAACUAAUUCGUCCAACGCCACCUAGACCUGUUCAGGCUACCUCGACGAACACUAUUCCUGCUGAGUUAUCCUUACAUAGACUUCAGUACGGCAGUGGGGUGAUAAACAAUCGACCACUCGUCUCGAACGCCAGCAGCACUAACAAGGGACGUUAUGGGCUAAUAUACAGCUCACCUCCACCAGAAUCAGCCACUAUCAGUGAGGUGAGCAAUUCUGAGGGUACGCCGUCUGCUGAAAACAACGAAAACACGAGACAGUCGAACGAAAAGUUAACCUCGUCGAAAGAACAACCAACCAAAUCCAGCACUGUCCCAUUCAAGAACCAUCUUCUCUCUCGUCCAGUCAACACCAUGCACAGCACCACUAUGUCCUCACUGGGCCAGGCCGGUGGAUUUAAUACCACAUCUGGUUAUGGGAAGAAGACACUAGGAGUACGGCGCCAGAUGAAUGGGUGGGAGGCUAGGAAAAACAAAUGA